GAGUGGGAAUUCAAAAGCAGAGAGAAGAGAAACUUCUGAAGAGAGAGAGAGAGAGAGAGAUGCCGGCGAACGGAGGGAAAUCGAAAUCGAAAUCGGUGAGGAAGCCACUGAGAGAAUUGUCGAACAACGGAAAUCGAAAUGGAGGAGGAAAGUUCUCGAAACCUGAGAAUCUGAAGAAGAAAAACUCCGAGAAAGAGAAGGAAAACGAUGAGUCGCUCGAUCGCCUCCUGCUCGUACAGUCCGAUCUCUCCUCUCUACUUCGCCAGAUUGAUGAACUGGUUGUGCAAGCAUUUAAACUUAAGGGGACAGACAAACAGGGGGGAAAAGAGAUAGAAGUUUUCACGAAUUUCUUGUCUGAAAUGCUUUCCUCAUUAAAGCCUUGGGUGCCUAGAUUUGAGAAGGUGAUUUUGGGUCCUGCUGAGCCUGAAGAUCAGCCUGUUCAAGGUUUAGCAAGUGUAUCUGUUGGUUUUGUGAAGGAAGAUGAAUCCUUUGAAGUGGCAAGUCCAGAACAGACCAAGUGCGAGUCAUUGAUCUCUCCUUCUCCCCUUGUAUCUUGGCGUGCUGAAUGUAAUGUUGAAAGGGGUAGACAACUUUUUCUGCUUACACCUCUACCUAUGUCAAAAACAUUGUCUUCCAAGCGUCAGGAUCAUAAGCCUUUGGAUUCCAUAUUGGCUGGGAUGGCUGAAAAGGGGAAGACAGUUACAUGUGAGCUUGACUCUUUGCCAAUGUUUCCCGAAGGAGAUCAUUCCAUGCUCAUCAUGACUCCAUGCUUAAAAAUGUCACCUCCUAAAUCUUGUGUACUGCUUGAACCCAUUUGUGAGUCCUCUCAUGGUGGUGGUGAUGACAGAGUUCGCAAGUCCACACCAUUUCCUUUUGGAGUUGGAUUAAAAAAUUUCAGUGCUUCUUCUGAGUCUUCUGACGGCGAAGCUUUGGAUGAUCUGACUGUGAAGUAUCCUGAACUACUAGGCAUAAGACAGACUUAUAAAUCAAGAAUUGAGAGAGAGGAACUUGAUGCUUCACCCAAGUGGUUAUUCUCACCUCCUAAAAGUUGUGUCUUGUUGGAGCCGCCUGAUGAGAAAUCUUUAAGCAAUAUUGCCAUGGAUCACCACUUGUCCAUCCCUUUUGCGGCAGAUCCGAAAACAGACUUCCCUUCAUCAAAAGCAGAUAAUCCCAAAGAUGCUUUUCCUAAAACCGUGAUGUCAAACCAAGGAUACAUUAGCAACAGUUUGUUGCACAUAGAAAGUACUCCAUUGUGGAAGGAACCUGAGAGCACAAUUCGGACAGGCAAACGUCCUGGUGAGAGCACUCUGAAGAAGGAGCUUUGGACAAGGUUUGAAGCAGCGUCAACUUAUGGACUUCGUCAUACUGCAUCUGCGUUCCCAAGAACUGUUCAGAAAGGAUUUCUUGACAUGCUGGAUGAGGUCUCUUGCGAUGAAGAAACUCCAAUUUCAGAUGGUUUGAGAUAACAACACUCUGUCUGACAAUUUUGUAAGCUGUAUAUGAUCGCAUCUGUUGUGUUCUGCAAUGUUGAAGGCUUGGGUAAGUGCUGUUUCCUGGUCAUUAUUUUGUAAUCUGCUUAAUUUGUUUCAGCCCAUUACUUUUCAUCGGACAUUGCUUUACCAAUUAAAUAAAUAUGAUGAUGCAAA